UUUGAGAAGCCAGUAGAAAACAGCUGUUCGAGAGACCACAACGCAAACAAAUUUUUGAUAAGAUUUCAAUUCAAUAGAAAACAAAAAUAAGAUUACGAUUGCGUGCAUAGAAAUUUGAAGUUUGCAAAUAUUACAGUGAGAAAAGACAAAAGCCGAGCCCGGCGCUAGUGAACAAGACGCAGUGAGACGUGAAGUUUGUAAAAAGAAAAGCUUGCAGUCAAAAGUCAAGUGGCGCUUGAAGCAGUAGCUGAGAUCAUGAGCAACACAACAGCAACGUCAUCGCAACAGCGGCGCAUACUCUGUGUGGGCAUGUGUGUACUGGACGUCAUACAUUUGGUGGAGCAAUAUCCCGUAGAGGACACCGACAAGCGCUGUCUAGCCGGCUAUUGGCAACGCGGCGGCAAUGCUUCCAAUAAUUGCACUGUGCUGCGGCAACUAGGCGCGCCACAGGUUGAGUUUCUUGGCAUGUUGAGCGCUUCGCCUGCCUUUGCUUUCCUGUACGAAGACUGCCGCAAGCGUAACAUUAUUAUCGAGAAUUGUCCAAGCACCGAUUUGGAUCCGCCAUUCUCUUCGGUCAUACUCAACAAAGCGACCGGUUCGCGCACAAUCAUACACUCAAACCCCGGAUUUCCAACGCUGGAGUAUGAACAUGGCACGCGGCUUGACUUAAACAGCUAUGGCUGGGUACAUUUCGAAGGUCGCAAUAAUGCGUCGGUGCUGCAGUUUAUACGUGACAUACGUAACCAUAAUAGAGAGUUGCGCAAGCCAAAAGAACGCAUACGCAUAUCCGUCGAUUUGGAGAAAAUGAAAGAUGAUAUACUUGAGCUGGGCGAGGCGGCUGAUUUUGUGUUUCUGGGCAAAGAUUUGGCACUACACUUGGGUUGGCGGGAACCGGCGGCCGCUGUAAUGGGUUUAUAUGACAGGCUCGAGCCACAACAAGAGUUGGGUGACACGAAGCCGGCUAUUAUAUGUCCGUGGGGUGCAGAGGGCGCCGGUUGCGUAGAUGCGCUGGGCAAUUAUGCAUUCAUACCAUCGAAGCCGGUCGGCGAAAUUGUGGACUCGCUUGGCGCUGGUGAUACCUUCUGCGCUGCUGUUAUAUAUGCAUUGCAAGUGCUCCAAAAAAGUUUGCAAGCGGCGGUGCGCUUUGGACACGCAGUGGCUGGUUACAAACUGGGUUAUCGCGGUUAUGAUGACAUCGCGCACUUUCGGCAAGACGAGUGACGGAUGACAAGUGACAAAUAUUCAAUUAUUUACGCGCCGGAGAAGCGGAAACUCUAUUUUAAUCCGUUACAAAUAUCGCUCGAGUCGCUUCGGGCUCUUCUGUUAGACAGUCACAUAGCAAAUUAUUAGUAAAUAA